AUGAAGACAAAGACCACCCUGAACCCAAGCUGCAGCAUAAUGAUCUUCCACCCGACCAAGGAGGAGUUCAGUGACUUUGACAGGUACAUCGAGUACAUGGAGUCACAGGGUGCCCACCGCGCAGGCCUGGCCAAAGUCAUCCCCCCACGGGACUGGAAGGCCAGGAGCACCUACGAUGACAUCGAGGACAUGCUCAUCAGCACACCGCUGCAGCAGGUGGUGUCGGGGCAGGCAGGUGUGUUCACCCAGUACCACAAGAAGAAGAAGGCCAUGACUGUGGGCGAGUACCGGCGGCUGGCCCACAGCGACCAGCACCGCACCCCACCCCACCUCGACUUCCAGGACCUGGAGCGCAAGUACUGGAAAACGCGCCUCUACGGCUGCCCCGUGUACGGUGCUGACAUCAGCGGCUCCCUGUUUGACGGCAGCAGCACCCAGUGGAACCUGGGCCACCUGGGCACCGUGCAGGACCUGCUGGAGCAGGAGUGCGGGCUGGUCAUUGAGGGCGUGAACACGCCCUACCUCUACUUCGGUAUGUGGAAGGCCACCUUCGCCUGGCACACAGAGGACAUGGACCUGUACAGCAUCAACUACCUGCACUUUGGCGCGCCCAAGACAUGGUACGCGGUGCCGCCCGAGCACGGUGGCCGCCUGGAGCGCUUGGCCAGGGAGCUCUUCCCCGGCAGCUCGCGGGGCUGCGGCGCCUUCCUGCGGCACAAGGUGGCCCUGAUGUCACCCACGGUGCUCAAGGACCACGGCAUCCCCUUCGGGCGCAUCACGCAGGAGGCGGGGGAGUUCAUGGUGACCUUCCCCUACGGCUACCACGCGGGCUUCAACCAUGGCUUUAACUGCGCCGAGGCCAUCAAUUUCGCCACAGCUCGCUGGGUGGACUACGGCAAGGCGGCGGCGCAGUGCAGCUGCGGGGAGGCGCGCGUGUCCUUCUCCAUGGACACCUUCGUGCGCGUCCUGCAGCCCGAGCGCUACGAGCUGUGGCGGCGCGGGCAGGACCGUGCACGGCCCAACCACACUGAGCCCCCUCCCCGGGCCCGAAGGCUCGCCCACCUACCCCGCAGCAUCCCGGUCCUGCACCCCGCUGCCGCGCCGCGGCCCCUGCGCGCCACCCGCGCCCGUGCCCGUGUCGCCCCCGAGACCCCACCGCCAACCCCAAGGACAGCGGGCCGCGGCCGGCGGGGACGCCGCCCGCGGGACCAGGACACCCCGGAGCCCGCGGGGCAGCAGGCCCGGGCCAAGAGGCGCCCCUGA